GUCGUCGCACGCUCCCGUUCGGGCCCGACCCAGCGCAGAAGCUGAAAGCCCCGAUCCCACCCUGCGCGGGCCGCCGCCGCCGCCUCCGAUUUGCCGCCGGCGGUCUUCCCCCGCCGCCUCCACUGAAGCGCUUUCCCCUCACCCACCCACCCCGCUGCCGUUCCACAACGGCGGCCUCAAUCUCCUCCCAAGACCGUAGUCGCGGGAGCUGAAGCUGAGGCGGAAACCCUAGCUGCGGCGAUGGCGGGGGAGCUGGGCCAGCAGACGGUGGAGCUUGGUGCCGUGGUGCGGCGGGCGGCAGAGGAGUCGUACCUGGGGUUGCGUGAGCUCGUGGAGAAGUCACAGGCGGAGUCUGAGGGGAAGGGCGCCUAUGGUGGGCGGCAACGCUCGGACUCUGAGAAGAAGAUCGACCUGCUCAAAUUCAUUGCUCGCACUCGCCAGCGCAUGCUCCGUCUGCAUGUCCUCGCCAAGUGGUGCCAGCAGGUUCCUUUGGUUCAGUACUGUCAACAACUUGGAUCGACUCUUUCCAGCCAUGAAACAUGCUUCACCCAAACAGCUGACUCACUGUUCUUUAUGCAUGAGGGGUUGCAACAAGCACGAGCUCCUACAUUUGAUGUUCCUUCUGCUUUAGAGGUUAUGCUUACAGGCAGUUAUCAGAGGCUGCCAAGAUGUAUAGAAGACAUUGGGAGCCAAAAUAAACUUUCUCCAGAUGAAGAAAAACAUGCUUUGCAGAAGUUGGACACCAGUGUGCGGUACAAAGUACUCAUGACCCCAAGACCCAAAGAAGUAUCUAAUGUUUCAGUAACUGAUGGGAUAGCUGUUUUUCGUGUGGAUGGAGAAUUCAAAGUUCUUCUCACAUUAGGUUACCGUGGUAAUCUAGAUUUAUGGAGGAUAUUGCACAUGGAGUUACUUGUUGGUGAGAAGGGUGGCCCUAUUAAGCUGGCAGAGAGUAGAAGAUUUGUUCUUGGUGAUGACAUAGAAAGAAGGAUGGCGGUUUCUGAUAAUCCCUUCUCUGUGUUGUAUACUAUACUUCAUGAAUUAUGCAUUUCACUUGGUAUGGACACUAUUAUUCGGCAGGCUAAUGUUCUUCGACAGGGGAGGUGGAAAGAAGCAAUAAGAUCUGAACUUAUCUCAGACAGCACCACAGGACAAACUGCAAAUGCUGCUCCAAUGCAGCUUGGUCAAGAUGGGGAAUUUGAUUCAAGUGGUUUUAGGUUACCUGGGUUGAAAGUGAAUUACUGGCUGGAUGAAAAAAACAGUGGCACAGCAGAAUCUGAUUUAUCUCCAUUUAUUAAAAUUGAGGCAGGGCAAGACUUGCAGAUAAAAUGUCAGCAUAGUUCAUUUAUACUUGACCCAUUGACAGAUAAAGAAGCUAAUAUUUCUCUUGAUAUGUGCUGCAUUGAUGUCGAGAAACUCAUUUUAAGAGCAAUUGCUUGCAAUAGGCACACACGCCUUCUUGAUAUUCAGAGACAGUUGUGCAAAAAUGUGCAAAUUUCGCAGUCACCCAAAGAUGUUAUCUUGAAACGAGAUGUUGAAGUAGCAAGGGAGCCACAUAAGGUAAUGAAAGCAGAGAAAAUGGGCUUUGCAGAUUGUUGUGGAAAUGAAGUGCUUCAAGUGAGGGCUUAUGGUCAAGCAUAUAUUGGUCUUGGAUUAAAUAUCAGGAGUGGUCGCUUCCUCCUCCAAUCACCCAAGAAUAUCUUACCACCUUCUGCGCUGCUGGAUUGGGAGGAAGCUCUAAACAAAGGCAGUGCCACGGCGACUGAGGUUUUUUCAAGCUUAAGGACCAGGAGCAUUCUCCACCUAUUUGCAGCUACUGGAAGUUUUUUUGGCCUUAAGGUUUAUCAGCAGUCUCAGGGUACCCUAAAGAUUCCAAAGGCCAUAUUACAUGGUUCAGAUUUGAUGGUCAUGGGAUUUCCUCAAUGUGCAAAUGCCUAUUACCUGUUGAUGCAACUUGAUAAGGACUUCAGGCCCGUUUUUCAUUUGCUCGAGACCCAGUCUGACACAAGCAACAAGGCUAAUGAAAAUAUAGAUGCUAAAGAAGCCAUGCGGGUAAACAAGAUUGAUGUUGAUCAGAUGCAUAUAAUGAAAUAUGAAAACAGUACAAAUCUUUUUGAUACGAAGCUGCACACCCUACAAAGUAUAGAGAGCUGUGAUGACAUGAUGGACAAUGGACUUCCUAUUCAGAAUAUGGGUGACCCUCUUCCAUUGCUGCCUGCUUGUUCGCCAUCUUUUUCUUCUAUUGUUGACGAGAUCUUCGAAUGUGAACAUGAUUCUACCUUGCCCUCUGCUUCUCAUGUGGGUUCUUGUUCACUUGGUCUUCAAGGGGCAAGUACCAGAGCUAUGUCACCAAUGCAGGAUGGAGCCUCGUCUCAUGCCCAAGCUAAUGUUACUUCAAUAGUUCAUCCCAGUGUCAGUUUGAACAGCUAUUUCCCAAGUAGUUCGAGACAUUUACAAAGUACAAACACCUUUUCCUCUAGCCCUGUAAGAAAUUCGUCUGCUAUCAAGUUGUCAGGCUCUAAAUCCAAUCGUGACCUGAGCUCAUUGAGCUCUCCAAGUGAGCAUGGUAGUGCAGAUGGAAAUAAUACACUACAGCUCAUCCCUUCAAGCAAGGUUAACAGCAAUCAAAACCCUGGUCAAAGCUCUUAUUCAGGCGGUCUCAGGAACUCUUUGCCUGGUCAUUUGGCUCAUGUUUCAUCCACCAUAGGAGGAUUAGGAAAGGCCAUCCCUGAAGGAUCUGAUUGUGCAUCUAGAAAGCGUUCUCUCUCAGAUUUCCUACUGAAUCUCCCUUCGCUGCAAGGACUGAAAUCCAGUGAGCCAAGUAAGCGAAGAAAACUAUCAGAAUCAAUGCAGAGUUCCCCUCCUUUGCAGGCACAACGAUCUAAUUUGCAAUCAAGAACCAAACUCACCUAUGGAAAUAUUCUCGCCGAAAGAAAUAAUUGUGUUCCAGCAACUGUAUAUGCUUCAGUUCUUCUACAUGUCAUACGGCACUCUUCUCUAUGCAUCAAGCAUGCUCAACUAACUGCGCAGAUGGACUCUCGUGCUAUUCCUUAUGUCGAGGAAGUGGGCAUGCGGUCACCAUCCUCGAAUCUUUGGUUAAGGUUACCUUUUGCUCAAGAUGAUUCUUGGAAACACAUAUGCUUACGCCUUGGUAAGGCUGGAAGCAUGUCAUGGGAUGUUAGGAUAAAUGAUCCGCAUUUUAAGGAACUUUGGGAACUCAAUGCAGGAAGCACCACAACACCAUGGGGUGCUGGUGUUCGCAUAGCGAAUACUUCUGAGAUGGAUUCACAUAUCUCUUUCGAUGCAGACGGGGUUGUUUUAACUUAUAGCACUGUGGACGCAGAUAGUGUUAAGAGGCUUGUGUCAGAUUUACAUCGGCUUGCCAAUGCACGUGCAUUUGCUCGUGGAAUGAGAACAUCGAUUGGUGUGAAACUUGAUGAUAAGCUAGAUGACAGUCAGACAUCCAUGGGGAUAAAAUCACAGCCCGUUCACAAAGGCAAUAGUGAUGCUGCGGACAGACUAUCUGAACAGGCGGGGAAGCCAUUCAGGAUUGAAGCUGUUGGUCUAAUGAGCUUUUGGUUCAGUUAUGGCCCUACCCAUAUGCCUAUGGUUCACUUUGUUGUCGAAUGGGAAACUGCCAAGGAAGGCUGCACAAUGCAUGUUUCACCUGACCAGCUUUGGCCACACACAAAGUUUUUGGAGGAUUUCGUGAACGGUGGUGAGGUACCAUCCUUCUUGGAUUGUAUUCGAUUAACAGCGGGACCUUUACUUGCUCUCGGGGGUGCAAUUCGUCCUGCUCGAAUGCCUGUAACCGUUUCUUCUGGAUACACCUCCAUGCAAAAGCAGACAAAUAAUGUCCCGACGCAGGGCCCACUAACAAAUGGUUCAUCUGCAACAACUAUGCACCAUGCUUCUGCCCCAUCCAAUGUUGCUGCAGCCCAUUUGGGCAAUCAUAAUCUUCAUGCUGCUGCUAUGCUCUCCGCAGCUGGACGUGGUGGAUCUGGACUUGUUCCCAGUUCAUUACUGCCUUUUGAUGUUUCUGUUGUGCUUCGUGGACCAUACUGGAUACGAAUUAUAUAUCGCAAGAAAUUUUCUGUUGACAUGCGUUGCUUUGCUGGGGAUCAGGUUUGGCUACAGCCAGCAACCCCUCCUAAAGGUGGGCCUUCCGUUGGUGGAUCGUUGCCAUGCCCACAGUUUAGACCUUUCAUAAUGGAGCAUGUUGCUCAGGGUCUAAAUGCUCUUGAACCUGCAUUCAUGAAUGCUACACAGGCUGCUCCACACUUAAAUACCAGUGCUCCACAAUCUGCUGCUAGUGCAAAUCGUUUAAAUGUCACGCCUGGUGUUCAUAUGUCCAGGCCAACUUCUGGUGUUGCUAACCAGAUGGCAGCUAGUUUGAGUCGAGCAGGAAAUGCCAUGUUGUCUUCUUCAGGACUUGCUUCAGGGAUUGGUGGAGCCUCUGUGCGACUAACACCUGGAACUGGCCUUCCAGUUCAUAUGAAAGGAGAACUGAACACAGCUUUCAUUGGGCUUGGGGAUGAUGGUGGCUACGGUGGCGGUUGGGUUCCACUGGCAGCUCUCAAGAAGGUGUUAAGAGGGAUUCUCAAGUACCUUGGAGUUCUAUGGUUGUUUGCGCAGUUACCUGAACUUCUGAAGGAGAUAUUGGGGUCAAUUUUGAAGGACAACGAAGGGGCUCUUUUGAAUUUGGAUCAAGAGCAGCCUGCACUGCGUUUCUAUGUCGGAGGUUAUGUAUUUGCAGUUAGUGUCCAUCGGGUUCAACUGCUUCUGCAAGUUUUGAGUGUCAAGCGGUUUCAUCACCAGCAACAGCAACAACAAGCUCAGAGCAAUGCUCAGGAAGAAUUAACAGCGGCCGAGAUCAGCGAGAUAUGUGAUUAUUUCAGCAGGCGUGUUGCCUCUGAACCAUAUGAUGCUUCGAGAGUUGCUUCUUUUAUCACUUUGCUUACAUUACCGAUAUCAGUACUUCGAGAAUUUCUAAAGCUGAUUACUUGGAAGAAAGGGUUUUCCCAGGCCCAUGGUGACAUUGCCACUGCUCAGAGGGCCCGUAUUGAGCUUUGCUUGGAAAAUCACUCAGGGUCAGCUUCAGAUGAUAACACAGAAAGCUCUUUAGCUAAGAGCAAUAUUCAUCAUGAUAGAGCCCACAGUUCAGUAGAAUUUGCACUCACCUUUGUACUUGACCAUGCUCUCAUUCCUCACAUGAACGUAGCUGGUGGAGCUGCCUGGCUUCCGUAUUGUGUAUCUGUAAGACUGAGAUAUUCUUUUGGGGACAACAGCCAUAUAUCAUUCCUUGCAAUGGAUGGGAGCCAUGGUGGGCGAGCUUGCUGGUUGCAGUAUGAAGACUGGGAAAGAUGUAAGCAGAAGGUUGCGAGGGCAGUGGAGACUGUGAAUGGGUCCGCUGCUGUUGGAGAACUUGGGCAGGGAAGGUUGCGAAUGGUUGCUGAGAUGAUCCAAAAGCAACUCCAACUUUGUCUACAGCAGCUGAGAGAUGGAUCACUUUCUGCUGGCUCAACUGCAUCAUGAGCUAAGUAGAGCCAGGUUAGAGAAUUUUGUUAUAAUAGGCCGUUUCCUUUGAAAUGAAAGUGUUGGCAUUUGGUGUUGGAUAAAGGGGCCAUCUCGCUUUCGUUGCUGCCGGGGAUAUCGGUUCUGAGGCGCAGGCUUGUUGGUUUAUAUGGCAAUUUUGUACAGCAAAAGGGUGUCGUGGGACUGUUGUUAACAAGUUGUUUUUGAUGCUUUUAAUCUGGUAGAUAAGGAUGUAUCUGGUAUGUGGGGGCAUGGUGUACAUUAUAUAUGGUAUUGGACUUGGAAUCCUUUUGUGUGUAAGCUUAAGAAGCAUUCCUAAUUUUUGUCUAGGAUUCUUGAGGGAAAAUGGUUUGUGUUCAGAAUGUUAGAUGUAGCAAAUGAAAUUCUCGAACCUUUUGCAAGUUCUUUUUGUAUUGCUGAAAUCAUUUGUGGUAAUGUUGUAAUCACCAAUUCAUGGGAAAGAGACCAGUUAAGUUUAGCCUGGCUACCACUUGUAUUGUGAUAUAUGUACAUUUAUUAUUCUCUAUUUGAUAUUUUAGCCCC